CCCUCAGAAAUUAAUCUGAACGUCAAAUUCCUUCCGCCGUCGGAAUGUCGACUCCGGAUCCCAACUCCUCCGCAACUAUGACGGUGAAUCCAUCUCUCACCACCACAUCGGAAACUCCGGCAACAUCAGCAGACAUUGUAAGAACACAGCCGUCUCAGCCACCUCCCGCUCCGUCGCCACCGCCACCGCCUUAUAGAGCCAUAGCUCCGCUUCACCAUCCUAAUCAGUUUCCACAAGCUCAAAACAACGUCUACGCACAGCCAAUCCCAAACCGACGCCCACAUACGCCUCACCAGCUUCAUCAUCAAGACCCGUCUACUGUUCUGUACCCGUUUGCUCCUCCGAGUCGAGGGUUUUCGACCCGACCCGUCAGGUUGAGUUCGCCGCUUUCUGCUGAUCCUUCCGUAGCGGCUGCUAAUCAGAUUGGAUACCCUCCUCGCCCUUACAAUCAUCGACAAUUUGGGCCUAAUCAAAUGGAAUCCAUGAUGCAGUUCAUGAGAGCUAGAAAUCCUCAGAUUCAUCAGCUUCCUCACCCCGUUUCGGGUUCUCCUGUCGGGUCGGGUCCCAUGAGAGGAAUUCCUCACUUUUUGCAACCGCGGGUUGCCCCUCCGCCAACAUCAAUUCUAGACACUAGCAGGAAUAAAAAUGCCAGUAGAAGGCGUGAUUCGGCGCUUGUCCUUGUUAGAGGGAGAAAGGUUAGAAUCACUGAUGGAGCUUCUCUUUAUUCACUUGGACGAUCGUGGUUGAGAAAUGGUGCUCAUGAAGGAAUCCAGUCGCAAAGGAGCGAUACAAUGAAACCUUUACCAAAGCCAUUACCUGUGGAUACUAUGGAAGCAAGUGUGCCAAAUGAUGCAGCUGAGGAACCAACUGAUGAAGACAAAGAGGACGAGGAAUCCGUGAAGCAAUUAUCAGAGAAGGAUCUUUUGAAAAGACACAUCGAACGAGCUAAGAAGGUCCGUGCACGAUUAAGAGAAGAACGGUUGAGGAAGAUUGCGAGGUACAAAGCAAGAUUGGCUCUUCUUCUACCACAAUCCGGAGAGCAAUGCAUGAAGAACGAUUGAAAGGGAUAAAGUUUUGUUAGGACUUAGCUUUUAUAUGACUGUUGUUAAGCUUAGCAUAAGACCACGUACCGUACGUGUAGCUGUGUUCUACUUCUUCUUUCUCUCCCGAUAGAUUAGUAGGACUAGAGUGUUCCAUUUGUUUUUAGAUUGGAUAUCUUUUUAUUUGCAUUUGCUAAUUGAUUUGUUCUCUUUUUUUGUGUGUGUGUGUAAAUCCCACGGAUCAAAUUUGAACGCU